AUGUCUUCUGAGCAAACAGCGUCAGGACCUGAUGCUGAGUCCAAGAAUCCUCCGCAGAGCGGCGAGGGAUCGCAGUUGGCAUUAGAUGACUUUGGCCUUCCCAUACGACCCAAGCACAAGAGGACAGAUUCCGAGGGAUCCGGUCCCGGAUCACCGGGCUUCCAUGAUGCUGAAGAAAGACCAGUCCCAACUGAUACUAUACCCAUCCAGACGACACAACACCAUUCAGCGGCGGCGACCGAGACAAACAAGGGGGAGGAUGACUUCCAGGCAGACGAGGUGCAGCCCUCUGCUCCAAUUACCGGGCUAGGAGUAACAAUUGAGAGCAACAAUGAUUCUGAAUCGAGAGCCAUUCACGGCUCUACUGCCGACAACCAAGCAGCAGAACGCCAGUUGGCGAGUCCCAAGAAAGAGAAGCAUUCUCAUAGCAAAAACGACUCAAUGGGAGCUUCCGAAUGGUCUCACCAAAAACUUACUGAGCAGCAUUCCGAUGAGGAGAGUGACAGCGAAGACGAAUGGAAGGAUAUGCCAGCCCUAGGAGAACUCGAUCAUUAUGACGAUUACGGCAGGCUGGUUGCGAAGGGCUCGAAGCUGGAUGAGGAUGACUAUAUGGAGCCCGGGGCGGCAAGUCGAGGAUACACACGUAUACAGCUAGAUGACGAUGCCGUCUCUGUGACAAGCAUGGACGAAAACUCGAGCUAUCUUUUCAAAGAAGGUGGAACUUCGGUCGGUGUGGACGAUGAUACUCGCGAUGCGCUUAGCCAGCUGCAGGCUACGAAGAACCUUCUGAGUGAAGGCCAACGGAUCGCCUACGUCGGAGUUGUGCGCCUUACUAUACAUCAAAUGACCAGUGAUCUGGAGAAUAUCCCUGCCACUAAGUCCUCUAAGAAGGCCUUGUCGGACGCCCUAGACUCAAUGAAGAAAUGGAGUCAGGGAAUAAUGAUACGACUCUUUGCUCAUAUGGACAUUGACUCUGCGGAGCAGGUCAUGAUUGAACAGCUUACUGAGCAUGGGGUUCAAUCGGCGGAUCUUGUGGCGCCUUUAAUGAAAAAUUCCCGAGUCAAAAAUCCAAUGGCCGAAGAGGGUCGUUCAUCCCUCGGGUCCUCUUCCUUGAGCUCGCCGAAUCCUGAAAAUGACAAAAGAAAUAGUUAUUCUAUUCCAUCAAGCGUAUCUCCCCCUGCUUAUGAGGAGAGCAUAUCUCCCCCGCCCUAUGCUGCUGAAACAGACGAAGUGCCAGCCGUUCAGACCCCAUCUCAGAUGCCCACAUCGGCCAGUAUAGACAUUGAUCUUCGAUGGACUGUCCUCUGCGACCUAUUCCUUGUCCUUAUCUCAGAUGCAAACUAUGAUGCCCGUUCGCGUUACCUGCUUGAGCAGGUUGGUAAGGCAAUGAAUAUUUCAUGGAUGCAGAUUAGUCGCUUUGAGAAGAAGGUCAUCGAUGCUCUAGAAAUGGAGCAAGCUGCUGAGAAGGAGAAUUGGGAUGAAUCAGAACAUAUGGAACAGCGACGAAAGCAGGCUUUGAAGAAGAAAUACAUGGUCAUGGGUCUGGCGACUGUUGGAGGAGGGUUGGUAAUUGGCCUUUCGGCAGGUCUUUUGGCGCCGGUCAUUGGCGCCGGUCUGGCAGCUGGUUUUACUACUAUUGGAAUCUCCGGCACGGGGGCUUUCUUGGGCGGAACUGGUGGUACUGCACUGAUUGCGUCCGGUGCAACUCUCACAGGAACCUACUCAGGCUUGAGGGCCUCUCAUCGUCGGACAGGUGCCGUUCAGACUUUCGAAUAUCGUCCACUUCAUCAUAACCAGCGGGUUAACCUGAUUGUCACUGUUUCCGGUUGGAUGACUGGCAAGGUUGAUGAUGUACGACUACCUUUUAGUACGGUUGAUCCCAUUAUGGGUGAUCUGUAUUCCGUCUUUUGGGAGCCUGAAAUGCUCCAAAGUAUGGGUUCCACAAUCAACAUUUUGGCAACGGAGGCUCUCACUCAAGGUCUACAACAAGUCUUGGGAAGCACGAUUCUGACAGCGUUGAUGGGAGCUCUACAACUUCCUCUGGUGCUUACGAAACUUACCUAUCUCAUUGACAAUCCUUGGAACGUGUCAUUAGUGCGAGCGAAUGCCGCUGGUCUCAUUCUCGCGGAUUCUAUAAUGAGUGGCAAUUUGGGAAAGAGACCUAUUACCCUUCUUGGAUUUUCUCUCGGUUCGAGGGUGAUAUUUUCUUGUCUUAAGGAACUCGCCAAGAAAGGUGGCUACGGUCUUGUGCAAAACGUCUAUUUAUUCGGCUCGCCAAUUGUGGCCAAUAAGGAUGACUAUCUCAAAGCGCGAAGCGUCGUAGUCGGAAGAUUCGUGAAUGGCUACUCAUCCAACGACUGGAUCCUAGGUUACUUGUUCAGAGCUACUAGCGGAGGUAUCAUGCGCGUCGCUGGUCUUGCUCCUGUUCUUAACAUCCCCGGUUUAGAGAACUUUGAUGUGACGAACUUGGUCACGGGUCACAUGAACUAUCGUGCAGCCAUGCCGCGGUUAUUGCGUGAAGUUGGUUGGGAAGUGUUGAGCGAUGAAUUUGCAGAAAUCGAAGAUCCUGAUCCUGACAACCAUACCGAACGACAACGAGAACUAAUUCGUGAGAUUGAUGAAGCUCGCAGAGAAGCAGAGGAGAAGCCAGACAAGAAGAGAUUUGGACUGUUCAAGAAAUCGACCCUGGCGAAAAAGAAGGGCUGGGAGACGUACGAUCCAGAUUUUGCAGAUAGUACGUCGCACCCGAAUUCGCCCAAGUCACCGUCCGGGCAUGACAGCGUCCUGUUCGACAUUGAUGCUAUCAGAGCGGAGCUUGCAUCGGAGCAGAUUGAGGUUAAGCAACUCGAAUCAACGCUGCCACCAAUCAAGGUAGACUUGAACGGCCGCAAUGCCGAUCCGUCGAGCCGACCAGAUCUACGACAAUCAAAGAGCGAGAGUGACGCUGAGACUUCACUCAUCUCCACAACGGAGGAGGAAGAGAAGAAGAAGAAGGAGAAGAAGAUAUUCAAUUGA